GAUUUUCAUAGUCCUUCAAUGAACAUGAGAGAGCAAUCAGAGGUUGAUGAUAGGCCUCAAAAAUCUCUAAACGAGAAGCAACAAGAGUAUCAAGAUUUGCUCAUCCGUUGUGUUGCCCAACACCUCGGCUUCUCAAAAGGCCGACCAGUUGCCGCUUGCAUUAUUUACAAAUGUCUCAGGCAGUGGCACUCGUUUGAGGUCGAGCGAACGAGCAUUUUCGACCGGAUAAUACAAACCAUCGGCAACGCUAUAGAGACUCAGGACAAUAAUGAUAUCUUGGCAUAUUGGUUAUCAAAUGCCUCGACUCUAUUGCUUUUGUUGCAACUCACGCUGAAAGCUGGGGCAGCUGCCGGGACUGCCCCACAACACCGACGUUCGCCAUCGGCCACUUUGUUCGGGAGAAUGACACAGAGUUUUCGUGGGAGCCCUCAUGGCGUAAAUCUUUCAUUACUGAAUGAUGAUUCAGCUGGUACUUUACGGCAAGUAGAGGCAAAAUACCCUGCAUUACUGUUUAAACAGCAGCUGACAGCGUAUGUGGAGAAAAUUUACGGUAUGAUUCGUGAUAAUCUAAAGAAAGAGAUUUCUCCACUUCUUGGGCUAUGCAUUCAGGCUCCAAGAAUAUCCAGAGCGAACUUAGUUAAAGGAUCAACUGCUCGUGCUCUAGCAAAUGCAGCCGCACAGGAAAUUUUAAUUGCUCAUUGGCAAGGAAUCGUGAAGAGCCUCGGCAAUUUUCUGAACACACUGAAAACGAAUCACGUACCACCGUUUUUGGUCCGGAAAGUGUUUACUCAAAUAUUUUCAUUCAUCAACGUGCAGUUAUUCAACAGCCUUUUACUGAGGCGAGAAUGUUGUUCGUUUAGCAACGGUGAAUAUGUAAAGGCUGGAUUAGCAGAAUUGGAGCACUGGUGUUACAAGGCAACAGAUGAGUAUGCAGGUACAUCCUGGGAUGAGCUCAAGCAUAUAAGACAGGCAAUCGGGUUCUUG